CUAAUAAGAGGUGAGAGAAUGGAUUUUAAAGAUGGUCAGCGCUCCUUUAAAGGGAGGGGCCGGUGAUCAUGUUAAUAAAGCUAAUAAGAGGUGAGAGAAUGGAUUUUAAAGAUGGUCAGCGCUCCUUUAAAGGGAGGGGCCGGUGAUCCUGUUAAUAAAGCUAAUAAGAGGUGAGAGAAUGGAUUUUAAAGAUGGUCAGCGCUCCUUUAAAGGGAGGGGCCGGUGAUCAUGUUAAUAAAGCUAAUAAGAGGGCUGGUGAAGGCAGCUGCAGCUCUGGGGCUCCCCCUGCUGGCUCCACGGAAGAAGAUCAGCAUCAUGUUGAUGGGGAAUCACUCAGCGGGGAAGAGCUCCUUCAUUAACUGGUACGUGGGCGAGCAUAUUCAGAGGACGGGGGUUGCCAUAGAAACACAGGGCUUCACGUUUGUGACGAGCGGGCGAAGGAGAGAGUCGCUGACGGGGAACGCAACGUUACACCUCUACCAACACUUUCAAAAACUAGAAGAGAUCACAGGUGUGUCGGACUACCUGUCUACGGAGAUCUCCACUUCCAGAGAGAAGAGGUUCGGGCUGGUCACCUUCAUCGACACGCCGGGGCUGGUGGACGGAGACAUGAAGUAUGAAUUCGACGUGGAGAGAGCCUUGCUCUGGCUGGGUGAUCAAGUGGACCUGGUGUUUGUGUUCUUUGACCCGAUGGGUCAGGCGCUGUGUAAACGCACCCUGAAUAUCGUGGAGCGACUGAGCGAGGAGAACGGAGAGAAGAUGAGGUUCUACCUGAGCAAAGCAGACGAAGCAGGGGAUGAGAGCGACAGACAGAGAGUCAUGAUGCAGAUUGUGCAGGAGUUGUGUAAGAGACCAGGACUGAACAAGUGUGGCUUCGACAUGCCCACGAUAUACAUCCCGGACCCAGCGAAGCCGAGCCGCUGUCUCAAUCAGAUUGAUGGUGUGUGCACAACGAUCGAAAAGAUCAUCGACCAAUCGGUGCAGAGCUCUCUCAAUCACCUGGAGCGAGACUGUGACAUCAUCGCAGAGAGCGCGGAGCGCAGACUGAGGGAGGACAGUUAUCAGGCAACACUGAACAGGAAGAUAUGGAUUAAGCACUUCCUGUUUGGUUGCCUGGGUUACCUGCUGCCCCUGUGUUUCCUGGCCAGCUUUGUGAUUGGCUGUUUCUCUGAUGACAGCCUGACUGACAUGGCAGGGCCUGAUAUAGCACACGCCCUCCGUGUUUAUACCGAGGUUGUGUCUGUGCUGUGGGGCUGGCUGGCUCAGGACAGUUACCUUUGGGGUCUGUUCGUGAUCCUGGGCUCUUCUGGACUGUUUCUCCUAUUGGCACGGUUUUACAGCAGAACUGAACCCACUCUCUCUCGCAGACAGAAGCGGAAUCUCAGAGAAACACACGCUUACAUCCAAGAGGUGGUAAAACCCAGAAAGGUGGAGUUGUAUGAUCUGUAUCUACGUCAGUGCAUAUUGGAUUACGACAUCAACUGAAAUGUUUAAAAUUUCAAAUUUCAAAGCUAAUAAAGACGGUUUAAUGCGAAUUCAGUCACAAACGACCAGAAAUCUUUCUCAGUGUCUUCAGUGUAAAUUCAAUGGCAAACGUUUCCGCUAGAAGUCUUUCUCAGCGUCUUCAGUGUAAAUUCAGUGGCAAACGUUUCCACUAGAAGUCUUUCUCAGCGUCUUCAGUGUAAAUUCAAUGGCAAACGUUUCCACUAGAAGUCUAUCUCAGCGUCUUCAGUGUAAAUAAACCAUAAGUCUGGCA